AGUGUAUGCAUGCAUACAUGUGCCUGUGUGUGUGUGUGUGUGUGUGUGUGUGUGUGUGUGUGUGUGUGUGUGUGUGUGUGUGUGUGUGUGUGUGUGUGUGUGUGUGUGUGUGUGUGUGUGUGUGUGUUUGUGUGUGUUUGUGUGUGUGUGUGCUUGGAAUUCCAGGCCUGGGCCGGAGUGUGGGAGUGCCGAUGCUGACUACUAGUUCCAUGCUCUGCGCUGCGACCCACCCACCGGUCCACAGCCAGAGAGCGUGCUCCAGCAGGCAUGGCACACGACUGGAGGGGAAGGAGAGAGGGAGCACGAGAGGAGGGAAGGAAGACACCUUACAUCCACCGCGCUCCGUAAACUCUGUGUUUUCCGCCCAGGUGCCUUUUGGAUUCGUGCCACGAUGAUGACCCCUCCCGGCAACCUCACCACCGCCCUCAUCUCCCAUCCCAUGCUCCUGGGUAACCUCUCCCACGCCGGCCCCGCCCCCUCCAACGGCACGCAGAACAUCGUGGGCAGCGCCGUCGCCACCGCCAUCGGCGCCAUCAUCCUCACCCUGGUCUUCCUCCUGGGCGUGCCGGGCAACCUCUUCAUCAUCUGGAGCAUCCUGGCGCGCGCCCGCAAGCAGUCGGUCACCACGCUGCUCAUCCUCAACCUGGCGUACGCCGACGGCUCGCUGAUGGCGCUCACGCCCUUCUUCAUCGUGUACCUGGUGCAGCGCACCUGGGUCUUCGGCAACGCCCUGUGCAAGAUCCUCUUCUACCUGUGCCUGGCCAACAUGUACGCCUCCAUCCUGCUCAUCACCCUGAUGAGCCUGCAUCGCGUGGUGGCCAUCGUGUGGCCGCAGCGCGUCCGGGCGUCCGUCGGCCGCCGGGUGGCGCUCUGGGCGCUGGUGGGCGUGUGGGUGCUCGUGAUGGUGGCGUCCGUGCCCGCCGUGGUGUUCCGGAAGCUGAAGUUGUACGACUCGGGCAUGCUGACGGGGAAGGACCGCAUGGUGUGUGACUCCUUCCACCAACACCAGAGCGAGGUGGUGCUGCAGUACACCAUGGAGCUAGUGCUGGGCUUCAUCAUCCCUUACCCCGUCAUCGUGAUCAGCUACGUCUGCAUCCUGCGCCGCAUCCGCCAGACCAAGUUUCGGCGGCGCGUGCGCAGCGAGAAGCUCAUCCUGGCCAUCGUGGUGACCUUCUGCGUCUUCUGGCUGCCCUACCACUUGGUCAACCUGGUGCAGGUGGCCGCUGCCUUGUGUAAAGACGGCUCUGCGAUGAAACAAAAGCUGGACGCCAUCUGGCAGCCCGCGCGCGCCAUCACGUCGGCACUGGCCUUCAUCAGCAGCUGCGCCAACCCGGUGCUCUACGUCUUCGCCGGCAAGUCCUUCAUCCGGCGGGACGGCCUGGCCUUCAUGGCCCGCCUCUUCGAGGGCACGGCCCUGGAUUCUGGCGUGUCCCGCAAGAGCCGGCAGCACAGCCGGCAGGACAGCCGCGAGCGGGACGGCAAGGAGUCGGCCAACUGCCUAGGGCUGCAGGGCCGGGACGGGGACGGGGACGGGGAGGACUCGUCCUACGCCGCCCACUCCAGCUCCAACCAGCUCUCCAACAGCGUCCACAAGAACGGGAAACCGAGCCCGAGGUAACCGAGGAGGAGGAGGAGGAGGAGGAGGAGGAGGAAGAGGAGGUGGCGGAGGAGGAGGAGGAGGAGGAGGAGGAGGAGGUGGAGAAGAAGAAGACGAAGAGGAAGAAAUAGAGUAAAGGUCCUAGUAGGGGGAUGGGAGGGGGGGAUGGGAGGGGGGGAUGGAGGGAGAGACGGAGGGUGGGGGGAGAGGGGGAGGAAGAGUGUGGUGCUCCGUGAUCUGCCCGGCCCUAGCGACGGAUGGACUAUAGGGUGAGGGGGAGGCGGCUUCUUCUGUGAUUGGCUGACGUGACGUUAACGGACUAAUUGACGGAUGGAGAUGAAGCUGGGGGGUGGAGGUGGUGUGGUUGGGGGGGGGGGCACCCGGAGGGGGACCUCCCAUGGCUUCAAGAGGUGUUUCUUCUUCUAUCUCCCCCUGAUCACUUGCUGUGUACAGAAGACCCUCAGCUGACCAGCGUGUGUGUGUGUGUGUGUUCUCUAAAAGGUGAAUGACCCGUUAGGGGUUGGCGGAAGAGAUACACUACUCAACUCAUUUUGAGAGUUUUAUGAAUUUGGUUGGCACUUUUCUGUUUGUGUGCGUGUGUGCGUGUGUGCGUGCGUGCGUGCGUAGGUGCGUGCGUGCGUGCGCGUGUGUGUGUGUGUGUGUUUACGCCAAGGAAACGAUUAAGAUCGAUACUCACUCUUCGUGAUUGAGUCACCUAUUAACCGAUUAUUCACAUUUCUUAUCUACAGCCUUUUAUUUGGUUCCGUGUCCAAAACAAUUUUUUUUAGCAAAUAUAUAUAUAUAUAUAUAUAUAUGAGAAAAAUUUGUGUUUUUUAUACUUGUACAGUAUUGAAAUUAAAACAUUUCUAAAGUUUU